AUGACGUCGGAUGCGAGAUCUUCUGCUGCCGACAGCACUCAGCUGCCCUCCUUUUACUCUCCCCGAACCGCUGCAGUCGACACUCCCCAGAGCCGUGAUGGCCAGCCAAUCGACCCUCUGUCGCUGUCGACCAGCCGCAUCGACUCCCCCAAGACUCAACCGCCCCCGCCGUCUCUCCUCUCACCAGCCUUCACUCCGCCGGCCACCCCGGGAAACCAGACGCCUACAACCGCCGGUCUGAGAGGAAUUCCGGUCGACAGCUCGAUUGCAACCGGAGGAUGUGGUAGCAAGAAGCCGAGAUUGCUAGAAACAUUACCCGAGGUACAAUGCGUUGUCCGGGCCCGCAUCCCAACCGUCAACGGAACCGAAAUGUUCCUCCAUCUAUACACCAACAAUGUCGAUAACAAGGAGCAUUUGGCCAUUGUGUUUGGCAAUCACAUCCGGAGCGAGUCCCUGGACGCUCCCCGCGAGGGCGAGACCGAGCUGGACCGCAUGAUUCGGGGCGCCUACACAGGCCGGCUGUACCCCGGCCGGACAACCAGCGGCAUGGGCGGCCCUUCAUCGGAGACGGAAUCUCAGGAAGAAAAGACGCCCAACACAGAUAUACCUUUGGUGCGAAUACACUCAGAGUGCUAUACCGGAGAGACUGCGUGGUCUGCGCGGUGUGACUGCGGCGAACAGCUUGACGAGGCUGCACGACUCAUGGCGCUGCCGGGUAAUAAGGCGGGCGGCAUCAUCAUCUAUCUGCGACAGGAGGGCCGUGGUAUUGGUCUUGGAGAGAAGCUCAAGGCUUAUAACCUGCAAGAUCUUGGAUCCGAUACCGUCGAGGCGAAUCUGCUGCUGCGACAUCCUGCUGAUGCUCGAAGCUACGGCUUAGCCACCGCCAUGCUCAGGGAUUUGGGACAGAAAGAAGUGCGUUUGUUGACCAAUAACCCGGACAAGAUUCGUGCCGUUGAGGGACCCAACCGAGAGGUUGUUGUAAAGGAGCGAGUGGCCAUGGUGCCGCUAUCAUGGAAGGGCAAGGGCGGCUUCCGAAGCCAGGAAGUGGAGGGCUACUUGAAGACAAAGAUCGAAAAGAUGGGCCACAUGCUAGAUAUGGGAGGUCUCUCCCAGUAG